AUGGCUUCACCUCUCAAAGAUAUAGCAUAUUAUGAGCACUGUGUCCCUCCCAUAUCGCCACUAAUCUAUACCCCGGUCAUUUAUUCCAUUGGCGUUCUCGAUUGGCACGUAAACCAAUUACUGCAGAAAAAGUUUUGCCCGGCCUGGUGUAAGCUUACAGAGGAAGGUUGCGUGGAUUCGAAAGCCAAAUUCUGCGAUGUAACGAUCAACCCGCCCCCCCUUUGCUAUGUCUCCUCUGGCCCUUGCGGCUUUGGCCCGGAUGGAUGUCUCGAUGACGAAGAGGGCGAUUGGGAUGGCCUCUCCGUAGGGGCUCACAAGGGGCACUGGCCAAGCGUUUAUAAAGCUUGCGCCACUUGUCAACAGAGCAAAGCACAUCUUUGCGCAGACGCGACGGACUUUGAAACUAAAAGUAUAUGUGAAGAAUAUGUCUGUUCGGUAGCGUGCACCAACAAUUCCGCAGCUCAAUGUAAUCAGUGCCCGGGAACCCAAGCAGGAGGAGUUUGUUUGCCUGUCGUUCAUGCUUUCCAAAGCCCCGAGUGUCAAGAAGUCUGUGGUAUAUCAUGCUUCACCCCUGAGCGAGAUUGUGAAAACUGCCGCGAGUUUAGCAAGGAACUUUGCAAGGCGACACCUCGUUCUAACUGCGAAGAGUUGCUUUGUGGACCGUCGUGUUGUGAACGAGACCAGACUUGCCUUCAUUGCCGUACUUUACAGACACGCCGUUGUACUUACUUUAAGGACAGCCGUCGCCGCGAGCUCUGCGAAGCAACAGGCGUUUGUGCCAAUUAUUGCGCCACUCCACAAGACCUGUGUGAUAUUUGCUCCUUCUAUCAAAAGGACGCGUGUGAAGACCGUCUCCCGCCAGUAAAGGAUAUGCCCAAAUGUAUCAAGGACGAAAUUACAAAACAAUGCUCCAAACAAUGCAUUGAGGCAUAUGGCAAGGACUAG